AUGGAAGAAGUGGACAAGAUCCUCAUCCGUGCUUUGAAACAAGUGGGCACGGAGGUGCCAGAGGAGGUGGACAGUGUGAAGCUCUUCAGCAGUGAGCUGGUGGUCCAGGCCGUGGUCUCAUGUCUCCGUGUGAUCGACCCAGGACUGGACCACGGACUGCCCUCCUCCCUCCCCCCAGGGAUGUCUGCUCGCUUCAGGGUCGGCAUGAGUCUGGCACAGGCCUGCCAGGACGUGGGGUACAAGGGGGAGCUGGGGUACCAGACGUUCCUCUACAGCUCUGAGCCCGAGAUCCGCUCUCUGCUCAUGUUCCUGGUGGAGAAGCUUCCACGAGGGAGCAACGAGUCCUCAGACCAGUCCUCAGGUAAAUCAGUUCUGUUGCACAAAGACAUCGCGGCGGCGCUGAAGGCUGAGCUGCACGUGCCCUGGCUGCCCCGGACCUGCCGUCUGCCCCGGACCUGGCGCCUGCCCCAGACCCAUGAUCCAGACGUCCUGCACCACUUCCACUCCCAGCCUCUCAGUCUGCCUCACAGCCCAGACCGGACAGGCCUCUGCAAAGAGCUGCUUGAAUACCAGAGAGACCUGUUGCCCCCGGUGACCAGCCAGACCUCCCAGACCUCAGUCCUGGCCUCAGUCCUGGAACAGCACACCUCCCACUGCUGCCAGACCCAGGACUGGAACAGCGAGUGGAACAGCCAGGGCCUGCUGUCCCGGCUCAGCCCUGAGGAGUACCGGCUGAGGAAGCGCGCUCGUCUGCGUCAGCGCCUGGAUGAGCAGGUGCGCUCUGCUGUGGCCGCUGAUGGUUCCUCUAAUGGUUCCUCUGAUGGUUCCUCUGGAUUAGAGCUGUCAGAGCUGCUGCGCUCCUUCAGAGGCUCAGAGCAGCUCCCACAGAAGAGCUCCCACUUCAGCCACACACAGAAGUUCACCUUCACUCAGGAGGCCUCCCCCCUCCCCCUCCCCCCGGUGGCCUUAGGGGGGGGUCAGCAGCAGCAGCAGGAGGAGCUCAGAGCGUUACAGCAGCAGCUGCAGCAGCUGUGCACAGGUGUGGAGCAGCUCACAGUGGAACUGAAGCACCGGAGCCUCACCGCAGCACAGGUACCACAGCACAGGGACCACAGCACAGUUACUACAGCACAGGGACCACAGCACAGUUACUACAGCACAGGGACCACAGCACAGGUACCACAGCACAGGGACCACAGCACAGGGACCACAGCACAGGGACCACAGCACAGGGAGCACAGCACAGGGACCACAGCACAGGGACCACAGCACAGGGAGCACAGCACAGGGAGCACAGCACAGGGACCACAGCACAUGUACCACAGCACAGGGACCACAGCACAGGGACCACAGCACAGGGACCACAGCACAGGGACCACAGCACAGGGACCACAGCACAUGUACCACAGCACAGGUACCACAGCACAGUUACUACAGCACAGGGACCACAGCACAGUUACUACAGCACAGGGACCACAGCACAGUUACUACAGCACAGUUACUACAGCACAGGUACCACAGCACAGUUACUACAGCACAUGUACCACAGCACAGGUACCACAGCACAGGGACCACAGCACAGGGACCACAGCACAGUUACUACAGCACAGGGACCACAGCACAGUUACUACAGCACAGGGACCACAGCACAGUUACUACAGCACAGGGACCACAGCACAGUUACUACAGCACAGGGACUACAGCACAGGGACCACAGCACAGGGACUACAGCACAGGGACCACAGCACAUGUACCACAGCACAGGUACCACAGCACAGUUACUACAGCACAGGGACCACAGCACAGUUACUACAGCACAGGGACCACAGCACAGUUACUACAGCACAGGGACUACAGCACAGUUACUACAGCACAGGGACCACAGCACAGGGACCACAUCACAGGGACUACAGCACAGGGACCACAGCACAGGGACCACAGCACAGGGACCACAGCACAGGGACCACAGCACAGGGACCACAGCACAGGGACCACAGCACAGGGACCACAGCACAGGGACCACAGCACAGGGACCACAGCACAGGGACUACAGCACAGGGAGCACAGCACAGGGAGCACAGCACAGGGACCACAGCACAGGGACCACAGCACAGGGACCACAGCACAGGGACUACAGCACAGGGACCACAGCACAUGUACCACAGCACAGGUACCACAGCACAGUUACUACAGCACAGGUACCACAGCACAGGGAGCACAGCACAGGGACCACAGCACAGGGACCACAGCACAGGGACCACAGCACAGGGACCACAGCACAGGGACCACAGCACAGGGACCACAGCACAGGGACCACAGCACAGGGACCACAGCACAGGGACCACAGCACAUGUUUCCAAUGAUAUAAAUAAAAGAGAGCGUGAAAAUGAGGAAAAACAACAUCAGAUCCAAGUCAAGAAGAAAACCAUCGACCUUCUACCAGAGACCAACGAGAACCUGCUCCAGAUGCAGGAGCAGGUGGAGACCAGCGCACGCCGUGUACUCAGCCUCGCCACGCAGUGGGAAAAACACAGGACUCCACUGAUCGAAGAGAAACGCAGACUGAAGGAACUCUGCAGGGUCCAGGACAUGGAAUCUUCUGGAAAAUUGUCUGAGAUCCGGUCUCUACACGAAAAGAUCUCUGUGUGUUCGGAGGAGGCGAAGAAGAAGGAGCAGACCUACAAACAGCUGGUGUCGGAGCUGGAGUCUCUGCCUCAGGACGUGUCCCGCUCGGCCUACACCCAGAGGAUCCUGGAGAUCGUCAGCAACAUCCGAAAACAGAAGGAGGAGAUCAGCAAAAUUCUGUCGGACACGAAAGAACUGCAGAAGGAGAUCAACUCUCUGACGGGGAAACUGGACCGAACCUUUGCCGUCACAGACGAGCUCAUCUUUAAGGACGCCAAGCGAGACGAGUCGGUCCGGAAGUCCUACAAGCACCUGGCCGCGCUGCACGAGAACUGCAACCAGCUGAUCCAGACCAUCGAGGACACAGGCUCCAUCCUGAGAGAGAUCCGCGAUUUAGAGGAACAGGCGUAG